UGUUUUGUUUUGUCAUUGUUCAUUGUUGUUUUGAUACUUACAUUUCAUUAACCAAAAUUUAAUUUAUAUUUAUAAAGUUAAAUAUUUUGGUAAUAUGAUCAUCAAGUUUCAGACAUCAAAUAUAUUCUUAGCAUAAUGGCAGCUGCAUUUCAACAGCAAAUAUUUGCUUUAGACGCUCGGUUCAAUACCUAUCGUGCACCUAACAAUCCCAACUUCAAAACUCUGUAUAUUCGACGUCGCAGUCAACUAUUGCGAGAAAACGCAAAAUUUAAGGACAUUGAGACAAUAAAAAAAUACAUAAAUGUGAGGAGUCAACUACUGCAGCGCCGGUAUGGUGUGCUGGACAAUAUUUCCAUCAGCUCUGCCUCGUCCAGAGCUCGAUCAAGUAGUAAGGCAAGCUUGGCAUUAGAAGACAAUCCCACAAGCUCACACAAAAAGAAAAAUGAUAUGACAAUAUCAGAGAAUUACGCAUUCUCUGGGGUGCAUCAUAUUUUUGAUCAGCACACAGAAGAAGUGAGCGUCGUGAAGUUCGCUAACAACGAUCGCACGAAGCUGUGCUGCGCGUCGCACGACGGCACCGUGUCCAUCUGUGACGUCACGGCCACUCCGCCCCGCGUCUCCUUCGUGCUCGAGGGUCACACCAAGCCGGUCACUGAUUGCGACUGGUCCGCGUCGAACGAGUUGCUGGUGACGUGCGCGCUGGACGGCGCGCUGUGCGUGUGGGCGCUGGCGCGGCGCGCGCGGCUGCGGCGCGUGCGCGACCAGCUCGCCGCGCCGCUGCUGUGCUGCGCCUUCCAGCCCGCCAACAACAACAUGGUCAUUGCCGGCAAUGCCAGAGGCAUGGUGGAAGUUCUCAAUGUGUCCACUGGAAUUUAUCCCAAAGGUGGCACCAGCAUCCUUGGUGGUCGAGUGACGUCUAUCGCGUGCGAAUCCAGUGGCAGAAUGUUUUGGGCAGCUAACGACAAAGGGCUGAUAGUGAGCUACCGCAUGGAGGGCGGCGGGGGGUCGCUGAGCAAGCUGCGGCGCUGCGUCGUGGGCGGCGCCGUGAGCUGCCUCGCCUGGAGCCCGUGGCUGGCGCGGCAUCCCGCGCUGCUGGUCAGCGCCGCCGACAACUCCCUCUAUCUCUUCAGAAUCACGGAUCGCGAAGGCAGCCUAGCUUUAAAGAAGCGCUUCGACACGGUGCACAGCCAGCACGCGGUGAAGUCCACCUUCUGCCCCAUCAUGUCGUUCCGGCGGGGGGUGUGCGUGGCCACGGGGGGGGAGGACGCCUGCGUCUACUUCCUGGACAUCGAGGGCCGCGCCGACCACCCCGUCGUCAACAAGCUGCAAGGGCACGCAGCGCCGGUGCUGGGCGUGAGCUUCAGCUACGACGAGAGUCUGCUGGCCACCAGCGACAUCACCGGCCUCGUCAUCAUCUGGCGCCGCAGCUGACCGCCGUCGGGGGUCACUAAGGGUCAUGACAUUGAAAAGAAGCUCUCGAGUAUGGGAGAUAGAACUUGAUACGGCGGCGCCACUGUCGCAUGACAUAUAUUAAAAAUUGGCUUGUGUAUGUUGUUAAUAGUUCCUGUGAUAUUUUUAUGUGUAUGUAAAUUCUUUUUCUUUUAAUACAGUAGUGUCUAUAGUAGUGUGGUUCAAAUCAUCAAGUAUUAAUUAAAUGUAAUACAUUAUUAAACCAGUAAAUAAAUAAAACACAUAUAUAUAGA